AUGCCUACAAAUUGCCGUUUGCCAAUAGUCCAAACUGACGAUGGCGCAGGUCGAGAUUUCACAAAGUGCCAAGAUGUGGUAAGAAAUGUCUACGGAAAAACAUUGUCCUUCGUCUCUUUCGCCAUGCGGGAAUUGGUUUUCCAAGCCGUCCAUGAGUUAGCACAUCCAGGUCUACGUGCGCCCAGGAAACUAAUCACAGGCUGCCUUGUCUGGCCAGGAAUGCAAGCAGACAUCGGAAACUGA